AUGCAUACAGCCACUACCCUUGCAGCGUUGACCCCUGUAGUCGUAUCGACCUGCUUCUCUCAUUAUGUACACCGUAAAUCCCGUCGCGCAAAACCCACAAAGCGUCUUUCUUAUGACAAAGCCUUGCAUGUCAUCCGUGAAUUCUUGCGAUAUGCCUCCAAAUUCACUGUCGAAGAUAUACAGGCUUUCACGAGUAAACCCGUCCAUGUGCCGUCAUGGAUCUUCUCAGAAAGCGUUCUCGUUCCAGAGAAAUAUUUAUCAUCUGCCGCCGACAUGGUCACUGAUCAACUAGGUCCCAAGGGGAUAGAACUAAUUGGUGGGAAAGAAUGGUGGAAAUGGCGCGGGCCGAUGGGCAGUCUCAGGGCCGAGUUUAUUGAAUGGCGCAAAGACCGAAAAGAGAGGUUGCAAGAUGGCGAAAAGGGACGAAACAGAGUCAUGUUUUACGUGCACGGUGGUGCAUACUUCUUCGGGAGCGUGGAUACUCAUCGGUAUCAGCUGGAACGACAUGCUAGGUCCCUUAAAGCGCAGGUUUUUGCACCGCAAUAUCGACUGGCUCCGCAAUUUCCCUUUCCUUGUGGCCUUCAGGACUGUUUGGCCGCUUAUCUAUAUCUCCUGGACAUUUACAAGUCCAGUGAAAUCAUCUUGGCAGGUGAUUCGGCCGGAGGCGGCAUGGUAAUGUCGAUGCUGUGCACCCUACGUGACAGAGGGUUGCCGUUACCUGCUGGAGGAAUCCUGAUCUCUGCGUGGGUAGAUCUCACGCACUCCUUCCCUAGCGUUGCCGAGAACACUGCCCUCGAUUACCUCCCUCCAACGGGUUUUAGAAACAAACCGUCUAGAGCAUGGCCUCCUCUCAGCGAAGACGAAAUGCUUACUAUCAGGCAAAAUGCCCUUAAAAAAGGGGAGGCCUCCAAGAACCAUCCGGAGACAGACAUCCUAGGAGAAGCUCCAAGUGUCAGGGCCAAGGAGGAUAGUCUAUCCGUCGUCAUCGAUGGUCAACAGGUCGAGGUCAAAGGCCAAAUACAAAUGUACGCGACGAACCGUAUGCUAACGCAUCCUCUCGUUUCACCGGUCAUGCAACCGUCUCUGGGCGGCUUGCCUCCUCUAUUCUUUCUCUGCGGUGGCGGCGAAAUGCUACGUGACGAGCAGAUCUACAUAGCCCACAAAGCUGCGAAUCCUUCAUCUUACCCACCGAAGGACGCAAUUCUCGACGUGUAUGACCCAACACGAGAAAUUCUGAAUAAAUACAACCCGACCUAUGUACAGUUACAAGUCUGGGAAGGUCUCUGCCAUGCUGCCCCUACUUUCAGUUGGACGCACCCAGCAAAGCACAUGUACAAAGCCAUUGCACAAUUUGGAGCCUGGACGCUAUCAAGGGCGCAGAAAUUGCCCAUCGAUAUCUUGGACGAGUGCGAAGGAAAUGGUCCCGAUCCAACCACCCCUGAUGAGCGUCACAGUAGUCAGGGCCAACGCAUCGGGAAGGCCGGAGAUCCUCUCCCACCUUUCCGCAACUACAUGAUCUGUCAGACAGUCGACCAAGACUGCUGUGUCUUCCCUCUUGACCACUCGACCGUCUCACCCAUUUUACAGCUACCACCCGCUAAAGUCUGCACCUUAAACCCCAAACUUGUUAAGAAAUGGCUAGCGGCACAGGCAGCAUUCGACCAGAAAUACACUAAAACAAGGCGUCGAGUUGAAAAGGAGAUACUGGACGAAUUGGUCCGCGGUUAUGACACUCUCGAAGGUGAAUCACCUCCACCUGCCGCCUUGGUGGCGAGGAGACCCGUUCCCGGAAUCAUGCCUCAACGAACAACUUGGAAAAAAGGCGGAACACUUCUGUGGAACCGCCUUGUCAAUAGGCACAAUCAUGAUCGAGAUCCUUCGAAGGAGCCCGAAAAGGAUGAGGUCAUUAGCGAUUCUGGGCAAGCGUCCGAUUCUGAAUCCGACCAUCAUCCAACUUCUUGAUUAAGUAUUUUAAUACCAAUAAGCAAGUUCUAUCUAUGCUGGUUCAGUCGAUAUUCACCAGACUUUGCAGUCUCUUUUUUCCACCUACUCUUUUUGCACAUACUUCUUUUUGCUGGUUGCUUUUUGGGUAUAUUCUGCAUUCUCUCGGGUGCUGGUUUUGUCUGCGAUAGAUAGAAAUGUUUGCUCAGUAAGAUUUGGGUGCAUUUAGACACUUGCUUAUUUAUUUAUUUUUCGGGGGAGCACUAUUGGGUUAGGAAGCACUAUGUGUCGUUGCAAUAUCUGUUGUUAAUCAUUCAUAUCAUUCAUGAUACCUUAAUUGUUCUUUCGUUUUCUCUCUUGCCUUUCUUUCCCAUUUCUUGUCUAGAAAGAUGUUAAUCCAUCAAGACACUCCUGUAUACUAUUUCAAUGUCUCGCAUUCUGUUCAUUACAUAUCUCAUUAUAG